AUGUUAUCCGUGGAUAAAACCCUAGGGUCUGUCUCAUUGCCCCUUUUGGAAGAUGUGUCAUCAUGCGAUGGUGAGGAUAUAUCAAGGCUACUGGUAGAUUUUUCUCGAGGGGAUCUUUUGGAUAAGGAAAAGAUUCCUACAGAAGAUUUAGACGCAUUACAUGAACAUUACUUGAAAAACUAUCCUGAAAACGAGCAGAUUUAUCAUAUAUUUGCAUCAUGUUAUAUCGAACGCGGACAAUGGAAACAGGCACGUUCUAACCUUUAUUGCAGACUAUAUCUACUUGAGAGAACUUCACAAGAAUAUAAUGAUACAAUUAAUAGAUUGAACUAUGUAGAAGAACAAAUAUUCGCGGAAAUACUCCCUCUUCCCUCCAUAUACAAAGAACGGCUAUUCUUUAGAAAUUUAGAAAGUUCCACGGAUAUAUGGACAUCCCAAAUGGGAUAUACAGAUUCCUUAAAAGUGAAUUCAUUUGAAAAAAUGGAAUAUAAUGGUGCGGAUGUAAUUGUAUCAAAACGGCACUUACGCCCCGGAGAGUUGCUACUAAAAUCAAGACCACUUUCUGUAGCCCCCUGGAGAAUAGAUCCAACAAAAUGUAAUAUUAACAAACCGAACACUGAUGUUAAUACACCAAGUUAUUCCUGUUUCCACUGUUUAGGCAUAAUAUCAAACUCACUGAUUACCUCAAAUACAUUUAUCGCAUGUCCAAACAAUCCACACGAAUGCCCUUAUAUAUUUUGUUCAGAAGACUGCUUUUUGAGUAAUUCGUCUACCCAUUCUUCCGAAUGUGAAAAAAUAUCAAAGAUAAAAGCGUUUUCAGACAAGUUUUUGGGGAAUGCAUUAGCCUUACUUGUAUUACGCACCUUAAUUCGGUGCAAAUUACUCCAAGACGAUUGUUAUAGAACAGUAGAGUUUACAGAAUCUAAAGGGACUGUGUCCAAACAAAAUGAACUAUUGGAUCAAAUCCUAAAUUUUGAAAUUGACUAUCCAACGAUUCAGCUAACCCACUCGUACGUUUUGGAAUCAGCCGAUAAAUUUGCUUACUUUCUUUUGAAGGAAAUUGGUGCGGAAUUUUGUCUCUACUUAACUGUUAAGGAACUUAAACACUUUAUCAUUGCAUUAUGGAUUAAUUGUACACCCGUUACCCCUGAAAUUGACUCAUAUGGAGAUAACCUCCAGAAUCCUUUAGGUGGUGUCGUUCUCAGUUUUCAAACGUCUGAAUGGAAAGAGUCUACGGUUCCGAACUGUUGUAUUAAUUUUGAUAGUAAUGGUUAUCUUACCAUACGCUCUAUAUAUGAAAUAGAACCUGAAACUACAUUAUAUCUAAAUACAACUAUGGACAAGUAUUUGCCUGAGUUUAUUCAAGCUACCAAAUUCUGGUCUAUUCGUUUCUUACUUUCCCAUUCAAAGGAUCCUAGGUUGACAGACAAUUUAUGUUCCAUUAGGUGCAAUACAUGCAUAAAUGGAUUUUGCCAAUCCUUAGGGUUAAAAUCUAAGUUUGAUGAGAAUAAAAACCUGCCUGAUGUAGAAUGGAAUUCAUUAGAGGAAGGUAUUUUAUGUAAAUCCGAAGUCUGCUACCUAUGGAGUUGUAAUGAGUGUGAGACAAUACAAACGGAUGAUCUGAAUUUGCUACAGAAUAGGGCAAAUAGAUUAAUUAAAAUGGUAAAACAAUUUUAUUCAUCUGGUCAAUAUUUAAUUGCUAAAAAAAUACUUGAGAAAUUCGUUGAUAAUUGGUCUGGAAUUUUGCAUCCUAGUCAUUACUUAAUGUACAAUGCAAAUUUGUUAUUGGCUGGAUUUUGGAUGAACAAAGCAGGUGGAAAUCCCAUCAUGGCCUUGAAAUAUUUAAAAAGAGCAUUUAUAAUGGCUGAUGAGAUAUUACCAAAAGCUUGUCAAGAGAGGGCAUAUUUAUAUGAUAGAUUGGCGAAUCUUAUGUUUAAGAUUCAUACUCUGGGAGGAACGGAACGCAUUUACAAUGAUUCUGCAAAAGGACUAAUAUUAGAGGCAUCAUAUAAUGCACUUUGGAACUGGACUAUUAUAGCCGGUUCUAAAUCGAAAGAGGCCAUAUCUGCUAUGCAAAAGUCUAGAGAUUUUGCCUUCAAACUUAAUGUUCAUACUCCUCCUCUAUACAGAAAAUUGAGCGUUGAUAUCCCAAAAAAGUAUUUUGAGAUCCUUAAGACUGUAACAGGAAGUAACGUAGUUUCUCAAACACUAAUGAAAAACUUUGUUUCAAAUCUUUGUGAAUCCGCAGAUCAAUCAAAAAAUAUUUUUACAAGUACUGCAAUUGAUAUCGCAUUUCUCGCUGCUCAAGAUGGAAGUGUUACUGAUCCCAUACUGGACUUUUUGACAGACGUUGAAUCUUUUGGAAUUUUACAACAUGGUACAGGAUUAAGUAUUUUGGGUAUUGCAGCUUCUAAUUGCAAUAUUACCCUGGUUAGUGCUUUACUUAAGUCUAUUCAAAAUCGCAUAGCCCAGAAUUUAGAAUUCAUUUAUCGCUCAAGUGAAUAUUCUGAGCUAGUUGAGAUGUCAGAAGCUUCCAUUAUGAAUUUAUGGUUCUCGAUUGUUGGAGGUAAUGAGCUUGGAAUAACACCCCUGAUAGCUCUUGUAUCUAUGCCUCAACUCUACCAAAAUGACAGUGUAAAACCGCUCAAGCUAGAAACAGAGAGCAAAAUUGCAAAAAGAAUAAUUGACGGUGCAUCAAAAUGCAACAAUAUUUUUAAAGAAUAUCAAGGGAAAAUUAUGACACAAAUUUCUACCAGAUUUUCGGAGUUCCUUAAAGUAAAAGUUGACAUACCAGGGUUACUAUUGGAUGCAAAAACAGGUGAAAUCCUCAAUUGCCAAACUAUACUUCACUAUGCAUCAGCCAGAGGUAAAAUUGACUUGGUACAAUUUUUGACAAAUAUGGGUACUGAUGUCAAUAAAAUUAAUCUUGAGGGUGCCACCCCCUUACACAUUGCAUCGUUGAAUGGUCAUUGUGAGAUUGUUGAGCUUCUCAUUCGCUUCAAUGCUAAAAUAGAAGCAAAACUCUUCACCGGAGAAACUCCACUCCAUUUGGCUGUAUUGAACUUACACAAACCAGUGGUCCAAAUUCUAAUUGAGGUAUACAGUAAAAAUUCAAAGAAUGACAUUUCACAAGGUGAUUGUUACACCCAAAUUUCAAAAUUCCGUGAAAGAGGACCAUCUAUUUGGCAUGCCCUCGUUUGCGGAAUUUAUCAAAAUUCUCAUGCUUCUGAAACGCAAGACGAAAAUGCGUCCCUAGAAUCUCUCAUAAAGAGGCUUCUAAAUGCAGUUAAAAUCGCAAAGCUAUUAGCAAAAUCGCUAAAUACACACAAUAUUUUUGGCACAUACAUUUGGUCAAGUAAACUACCAUCACAGCUACUACAAGAUCACUGGAAACAGUCACUUGAAGACUAUGUGGGAUUCCCUGGAUACUUGGAUAGUAGGAAUUGUAUGGAUAAGACGGAAUCUCAUUAUAGCAGUUUUGAUCAAGGCAUUUCAUGUGACAAUGACAAACUUCAAGAUUAUGUAAACGAUAGAAUCUUCGCUGCCACUAGAGCUGUACAGCUACUUGCGCAGAUUCUUGAAAAAAUUGAGAGGAAUGGUCGUGAAUAA